CGUUACAAUUUUCACUGUUUCACUUAUCUUGGGACAAUUCCCGUAAUAGAACACCUUAUCUUUCUGUUGCAUAAUGAUGGUCCCAAACGACUCGGUCCCUCUUUGACCCUGACCCUGAGCAAUUCCACGUCAGAAAUGCCCGGACGGCACGGUUUUCGGUGUUUUGAAUGGAUCUGGGAGGAAAGAAAACAUUUCAUGAAAAAUGUUGGAAAAAUUUAAUGAUGAAAAAUGACUUACCUGCCUACAUGACUAAAAUCUGGUUUUCCUAUCGAAUAUUCCGAUAUUGAUAGCAGCGAAAUCUGCAACAGCUCCUGUUGGUGGCUUUUUUUCGGGCAGCAAAUUCAGGCACUCCUCCGGCUGAGGAAGCUUCACCAGAUGAAAAAUAAAAAAUUAUAUAUGUAACACUUCAGGGAAAAAAAUAAAAUGAAAUAACAUACCCAAAUCUUUUUCCCGAUGUUUUGCCGUCAUCUUGUGCCAAAGGAGUCGAGGAAGGACGACGAACCGCGUAGAAAAAUUAAUUUUUCCUUCGCAAAAUAAUUCACACGCGUCUAAAAAGUUAAAACAAAAUGUCGGACAAUGUAGUGGGUACUUUAAACUUAUUUUGGGUUAAUGUGGAUUAACCGCUCAGUACAUCAAUUUCACCCACCCAAAACUACGUACUUUGGGCUAAAUGCCAAUCAACCCAGUAGUGAGUAGUACAGUGGGUUGUUUGCUUUUGUCCGUGUAGAGAGUCCUGUACUGAGUACUGUAAAUAGAGUCUGAAAAAACACUAAAAGCAGCUAUAAAAAUAAACGUGUUUUAAUGUUUUGUAAACAAUCGCUUAUGUGUGGUUUUGGUGCAAAAUUAUCAACGAUUUCUGUGCGUUAUCCAGAUGUUUCAGAAAAUGUAUCAGUUUCAAAGUUUCUAAUCAUGACAACCGAAACCUCCUCGCGGAACGCCGGGCUCGCUGAUGCCGAAGUUCGAUCCGAUUUAGACAACUACUGUAGGAUAUGUUUGCUCCGGAAGGACCAGUUAGUUUCGCUAACUAGCGAAUUCAACGGAGUUCUGAUCCCGGAAAUGCUCUGGAAAGUAUGUGGAACGAUGCUCAAUGCGCUGGAGCAAUUUCCACGAGUAAUUUGCCAGCAAUGCCUCACCAAGCUGGAUCUCUCGUACAACAUAGCCCUGGAGUUCAAGAAACAAGAGGAGCUUCUGCGCAGUUUUUGCUGGAAAGGAGCUCUAGUGGAGCAGCUUGAGAACCAUCAGCAGUCCGAACUCGCUAGCAAGAAACAAUACAGCGACACGAUCCUUCGUCAGUUGGCUGAAGAACAUGCAAAGGCAAAAUCUGAAGAUGAGGCUUCAAGGAUUAUAGAGCAAAGUCCAAAAGACAAGGAUGAUGAUGUAACGGAAGUUCUCGUAGAAAGGCUGGACGAUGUCGCUGAAGAAGCUAGCUAUGAAUCAUCUGACCAUUUUGACCUAAUCGUUGAGGAAGAAGAAAUCUCGAAAUCGGAUACAGAUCAGGACAGGAAUGAGGAAGUCGAUAAAUUGGAUAUCAAAGAGGAACCGGAAAUCGAUAGUGACCGCGACUGUCCAACUCCCCCCGGAACUAUCAGGGUUGAAUUAAUUUCAGCGGAAGAAGCUGCGAGACAAAAGUUGGUUAGAGCACAGAGCACUCGUGGAAAGCAAUCUGAAGACGAUGAUGAAAUUGUUCAAUACGAUUUAGAGGAAGACGACGAUGAAGACUCCGAUGAGAACGAUAGUGUAGAAGAUCUGAUCGAGUAUGUAGAUGUGAACGCACUGAAGCGUGGAUCGACGGGCAGAUCCACGGGAAAACGGAAAACACGGGGAGAAUCGAACGAGGAAGGAAAUUUCGAUUGCAACGAGUGUGGGAAAGUUUUCACGGUUCGCAAAACCUUUUUGAAUCAUGUGCGAAUGCACGAAAAUGUAAAGGAAAAAACAUUCCAAUGUCCAAAAUGUACAAAGGUGUUUGCAACGAAAGAACGUCUCACCCGACACCAUGCUCUCCACGAACGUGACCUAACGUGCCAACAGUGUGGUCACGUUAGCGAAAAUGGCUACCAGUACAAAGCGCACGACUUUUCCCACCGGAAGGGUCUCUUCAAGUGUGUCCGGUGUGGGUUUCCCUUUUCGUCCAAAAAAGCUCUCGAAGCGCACCAGAAACUGGAAGAGUGUGAUCGACCGAUCGAGAAAAAGCGGCACAAGUACGUAUUCAAGAAGGACACCAAAUGUCCAUACGAGGGCUGUGACUAUCGGGCUGAUACCUAUGGGGCGAUGUAUGUUCACAAGAGGGCCAAACAUCAGCAGCAGUUUCCUUGCGAUUUGUGCGAGAAGAGAUUCGCUUUUGCCAACCAGCUGAAACAGCAUCGAACGAUUCAUACGGGCGAGAAACCGUUUCGCUGUGAGUUGUGCAUGAAAAGCUUCCGGCGGAUGUACAGCUACAAAGAACAUAUGGCCAUCCAUCAGAACUCGAACACAUAUGACUGUGAACAAUGCGGGAAGAAGUUCAAUCGACCGCGCUAUCUGGCGGCCCAUAUGCUGACCCACACAGAAGAGCGACCAUUCGCUUGCUCAAUAUGCUCCAGUCGGUAUAAGUCAAACGGAGAACUGACCAAACACGUGAGAGCUAAACAUGACAAAUUGGAGUUCGAUACCGGGACGGACAUGAUUGAGGAGGAUUACGAUUAUUUCGAAGACGAUAUUAUGUUGUAGGGAUGAAAUUUGCGUUGUGUUGUUGCAGCAGCGUUGUUAAGUACCAUAAACUUAUUUAAAUGUGGUAAAUUUAAAACGAUUCCGUGCUUCAAUGUACCUUUAAUUCCGGCACUGGUGAGACUUCUUUUAAAUUUAUAAAUGAAAGCCGUUUUAUUUAGAAAAUAAAAAUUAUUUAAUUACGGUAAGAUUGGAA